CGCGUGCCCGCCCGGCUUCCCGCCUUCCUCUCCGCCCGCGGCGCCAUCAGCACAUUCCUCCUGUGAAGAUGUGUGUGUAUACUGCAUAAGAGCUGCUUAAUUUGUGUGGUGCCUGGGUUUCAAAGGGCUUUUGUUGGGAAAACAGACUAUGAAUAACAACCCUUGCUACUAUCCCAGAAGCUAGAAGAUGCUCUCCUCUUUGCCGCCACUGCAUUAUGACAUCAUCAACCAUAUAUAGGAGCUGCUGCUUGCCUUUUUUGAAACAUAGCUUCAUCUUCCAGCAUUCUGAAAGCAUUAGGAGAUAGAUCAGGAACUUCUGAGGAUCAAGGGACACUCUGGAGCAGAUGGUAUCACAGGGGACUUUGAGGGACGGCAGUAGUUCUGUACAAUGGCUAAGAGAGUAGCAGAAAAGGAGCUGACUGACAGGAACUGGGAUCAAGAAGAAGAAACUGAAGAGGUAAGGAAGGUGGGAACGUUCUCAGUGGCCAGUGAAGAGGUUUUAAAGAACAGAGCAAUUAAGAAGGCAAAGCGUAGAAAUGUGGGGUUUGAGGCUGAGAGUGGUGGAGCUUUUAAAGGUUUUAAAGGUUUCGUUUUGCCGUCUGGAGGUGGAGGAUUUUCUGGCUUUGGCAAUGGCACCGGAACAAAGCCUUUAGGGGGGCUAUCCAAUGGCGGCGGCAGCAUUGCAAAUAGCUCAUCGUUCACCAAUUUAAAGACAGCUGCUGAAACAACUACUACAUUUAGUUCUGUGGUGUCCAGUGGUUCAGUGAAUAAUACUGUAACUGAGAAAAAGCCUGUAAGUGUGGAAGCAAAUGGUGAGAGCCAGCAGCCAUUGUCCUCUGGAUUCACUGAGAACAAAGCAUGCAGCCCUGAUGCUUAUCAUAAACAGUUAGCCGCUCUAAAUUGUUCGGUGCGUGACUGGAUAGUAAAACAUGUAAAUGCCAAUCCACUCUGUGACCUCUCGCCGAUUUUCCGAGACUAUGAGAAAUAUUUAGCUGAGAUAGAGCAACGCGGAAUGAAUAGUGACAGCGGUUCUGAAAGUGACAGUAACAAGACAGUUGGAACUCAGCCUGGGUCUGCAUUUGGGAGUCCGAAUCUUCAGCAGAGUUCAACGUUUUUCUUCAAUAACAACAAAUCUGAGAAUGCACCAGGAAAGAAAACAGAAAUGGAAAAGAAAACGGAACCAAAACUGGGGUCUAUGUCAACUGUCUCCUUUACUUUUAGCAAGAGCGUAGACAACUCUGGUCUGAAUUCUGGUGCAUUACCUAGUUUCUCAUUCUCUCCUGGAAGUGCAAGUUUAUUUGGAAAAGAUACAAGCCAAGGCAAGGUUGUUUCUUCAUUUUCCAGCAAAGCACUAGAUAUUCAGACAGAAAGUGGUGGCAGUGAAGAUAAAGGGGGUGAUGAAGAAGAUGAGGAGCCACCAAAAGCAGUAGUGAAUGAAAUAAAGGAAGACGAUGCCUUCUACUCAAAGAAGUGCAAAGUUUUUUACAAGAAAGAUAAUGAAUUUAAAGAAAAAGGUAUAGGAACGCUACACUUAAAACAUGCAGGAAAUCAGAAGAUUCAGCUAUUAGUACGGGCAGAUACCAACUUAGGCAACAUAUUGCUGAACAUUUUGGUGCCUCCUAAGAUGCCAUGCUCCAGAACAGGGAAGAACAACGUGCUCAUUGUCUGUGUUCCAAAUCCACCCAUUGAUGAGAAGAAUGCUACCGUCCCUGUUCCUAUAUUGAUAAGAGUGAAAACAAGUCAGGAUGCAGAUGAGUUGCACAAAAUUUUACUGGAGAAGAAGGAGGUCUAAAAUCUGGGCUGUUGAAAAUUACAGACGAAACUUGCCAAACUGCUGCUGCUCAUUUCCCCUCUCUUGACUCUGCUAGUAACUUUUUAAACCACUUCUGACAUUCUAAGGACUGUUUAGGAACUCUGAAGAGCUUUGGUGAGGGAAAGAAACUAAGAUGGCCAAUAAAAGCUUUUAACUUGACACAAGAGUCAAUUCAUCCUCCCUUCUAAUUUGAAUAUCUAAUGCAUGAACCAUAUUUGAAGAAAACUUGCAUAUCAAAAAAUAAACAUUUUUAUUAUACAGAAUAAAACUGAUUUAUACUCAAAUGGUGUAAAAUACUACACUGGAAAUUGUGUAGGAAGAAUUUUGUGUGGGUGGAAAGAAAUUUGACAAACCUCGUUAUCUUGCAUCCAAGUUUGAAUUGAAAUCCUCUCCUAAUUGUGAAAUCACAGUUCAGAUUGUGUUGAAGGAACAGAUGUUUUAAACUGAACAGUACAGUUUUUGUGUUUUAGUAACAGCUGUUAAAAAUCAGUACCCUGAUUUUUAAGGCCAAAGUUGCAGGUUAUUUUCUCAUUCCCCUAGAGAAACAACUGAGGGAAAAGGUAGCAUGGCUAUAUUUUUUUCCAAUCCAAUCCUGUCUCUUGGAUUUUAUCAAACCUGGAGCAUCUUGUGUUGAGAUAUUUAAUGGACUUUCUUCCAUUGUACUCUUGCCAAAGCCUUAUCUUCAGGCUUGAAAAUUCUGUACAGUCCCCUUUAAUGUCAAGGGGCUUGUGCAAGAGAGCUGUGAAUUGUGCCCACACUAUUUUGGGUGUGCGCUAGUGUGCAUUUAACGGGAUCAGCAGUCAGACCGUGAAUACCCUGCUAUUUAAAUAGUUGUCUUACUAAUGUAGCAGUAGCUAGUAAAGCCACACAUAACCAGUCCACAAAUAUUGGUUAUCAUAGGUUCCGAAACAUCUGAAUCUUUAAAGUUCUAGUCGUACCUUAAAACUGGAAGGGAGCUGGGAUGCUGUGGAAGCAGGGCCCGUAUUGAUUAUGAAUUGGUGCCUUUUUGCAUCAAGUUUUAAGUGUUGGACUUCCUAAAAAGUAAAUGUGAGAGUAUUUCAAGAGUUAGCACCCCACACUGAAAUAUCUUGGGGUACAGUCCAGCAAGGAGUAAUCUGACCCAAUCCCCAUUAAAAUAAAUCGGAGUUACCAUUUAUGUUAGUGAGGUUUGGGCUAAUGAGCUUCACACUGGAUUGUUCUCUUUAGCAUUCAAGAUGGUGAACAAUCAGAAAUGCUAAGUUGCAUGUUAAUAUUAUAAAUGGGAACAUGCAUAUGGAGUCCAGUCUUACUGUUAGAGGCUCAGGUUGAAUGGCCAAGAGCUUCAGGAAUAUUGUGCACUCUUGUCUUUGAGAAAUAGUGUCUUAAAAAUCCUCAGUGAGCUUUGUUUGCUCCCCCGUGUCUGGGCAAACAGCCUGCUCUUUUUCUAGAAAGCAGAUAGCCUGUUCCCCCACCCUCCUCUAACAUAAUUUUAACAUUGAGAGACUGUUAAUAUUACAGGUAUGCUGUGUAUUUUGCACUUGUCUGAUUCCUAAAGUGCAACUGUGUAUAUGUAACAAUUUUUCAGUUACCGAGUAGAAUAAGAAAUAGCAUUUCAUUGA